AUGGUUAAAGAAAUUAAAAAAGCAUUAGAAGAAUCUCAUGAAUCUGAAUUAGUCUCAUAUUUGAAUUAUAAGAAGCGCAAAUAUUCUUAUUUUGUAAUUGAUAAUAACCGAUAUACAGAUAGUAAUAACUCUGAUUCAUCAAUAUCUGAUACUGAAGUGAAAAGAAAGAAGAAGCUUAAUUAUCUUAAAGGCAAAGGUCAAAAAGAUUGGAGUCCAAAAACAAAUUUGGUUUUAAAUGGAAAUAAUAUAACUGAAAAAUUGGACAUAUUCAGGAGAAAAAAUAUUUUACUUGCGGAAAAAACUAAUAAUAUUAAUCCUAUUAGAAUAUUAUCACUUUCCUUUAUUUUUCCAAUAAAUAUAUUUAAUGAAAAGCGUUGUGUCACAACUUAUAUCAAAAACAUACAAGAGGAUAUGUAUGAAUAUGUACGUGGAAAAUCAAUAUUUUCCAAAGCAAGUGACGGUGCUUUGCAGUAUUGCAAAAACUUAAUAGAUGCUUCUGAUGUUAAUGGUGUUAUUGAUCAUAUUAAGUUUGAACCAUUGAAUACAAUAGAUAAAAUUAUUAAAGAAUUGUGCAAAGCUUUCUUAAAAGACAAAUACAAAAUAAAUAAAAAGUCUGAAUCAACAUUUAUACAGAAGCAUAUAACUCCAUUCAUUAAAGCAAUUUUUUCACAACUAGAUUAUAUUGAAUAUUCAACGAUUGAUUCAGUUGAUAGAAAAGAAAGAAAAAAGCCUGAUCUAAUGUUAGGUAUAAAAGACAGAAAGCGAUGCUUGAACUUUUUUUUUAUUGAGGCUAAAAGGCCCAACGUAAAAAGUUCAUAUCAAGCCGAAGAUGAUUUUGUAAAGUUAAUGAAACAUUUAAAGAAUUCCAUUAACUAUCAAGUAUCAUUGAAGGUUUUGUCACCAAUGUCUCUUGGUAUUCUUUGUGAAGGGUUCACCUGCUCUCUGAUCAAAAUGACUUUGACUGAAGAUGGUAUUUAUUUACCUACGACUCUCAGACAAUUUUGUUUGAUUGAUGAAUAUCAUAAUCUAGUUAACAUUCCAAGAGCUGUUGAAAGCUUUAUGUUUAUAUUUAAUGAAAUGUUAUCUUUAAAAACAAGAUAUGACAAUCGCAGUAGAUCUUUGCUUGGUCCAGAGACUAAUUUUGUGAAGCCUUCUUUUGAAACAGUAUUUUAUUAAGGUUUUCACAAAUAAAUGCAUCGUUUAUAUAGAAGCAAAGGAUUGAAAAUGAUUAUCAGGAAGUAGGGUUAACGACGACCCAAAUCACAACAAUCUCAAUAGUGUUGUUUAAUGCUUUCUUCAACUUAUUUUAUGUGUAG